CAGAAGACCAAGUUUAGCUUUCGCAAGUCUUUUUGUUCACACAAUUGCUCAUAUACUUAAACAAACCGAUGAGUCAUCCCCCUCUGCAUGUAUGACACGUGUCCCAUGUCCUUCAAUACAACCGGCCCAAGUUUAGUGCUGUCUGUAUAUAAUACUCCCAGUCGACUCUAUCUUUUCACUUGUUCAAACAUAUAGUACAGUACGUAUCCGAGUCAGCAGCAGUAUAUUUAUAUAAACGUUCAAUUCAUCCCAUUACUGCCAUUCUAUACUCGAUCAACCCCGCAAUUGAACUAGCUUCUAUCCUUAUCUUUCGAGGAAUUGAUUGAGAUGGCGGAUAACGUUCCGUUUAGCUUUCACAAACGCUUUUGUCCGGAGACUUGUUCAAGAACAAUGGAAAUCCCCACCAUUUCAUAUAUGAAUUCCGUGCGAAGGGAGUUCUUGCAAAAAUCUUUGCCAAAAAGUGUAUUACUUAGGAAUUCAGAUAUGAAAAUUUGGAGCGUGAGGAUAACACAAACUGAAGUUGGUGUUUACUUCAACAAGGGUUGGGAAAAGUUCGUGGCCGACCACGGUUUAAAAAGUGGCCAUCAUUUGAUUUUUGAGUAUGACGGCAAAGGCGUUUUUGACUUUUUGUUAUUUGACGACAAGUCAAAUGUGAAGAUCGAUGUUACGAAAAGGGUGGGAAAAAAUGACAGUGGAAAGGCACUUAAAACUCUUUCGGUGAUCAAGAAAGAAACCGACACAGAGGUUGGUGGUAAUCAUCAUGGUGGUAAAGGGAAAGACAAACAGAAGGAGGCGGUAGCAUUGGAUACCGAUGUUCCACAUUCAAAGAGGAGACGACCUAAGAGAGAUGGUUGUGUUGGGAAGAAAAAGUCCAAGGUGGAAAUUAGGGAUGUCCCCGACCAUUAUGGACUUGAUAUUUUCAAGUAUGGGCAUUAUGAUCAACCAAUAAACACUUAUUUUGUGACAAGAAUCCAUCAAACAAAGCGCAAUGACUUGUACAUACCGAUGGAUGUGCUCGAGGAUAUCAUAUUGCCUCCAUCUAUACUCUUGCGUGACCCGAGCGGAAAAGAAUGGAAAACUAACACAAAGGCGUGGGGUGAUGGUCGAACAUGGCUGACCGGGGGUUGGUUUGAUCUAUGCCAAGAGAAUCGCGUGAAAAUAAAUGAUAGGUUAAUCUGUGAGUUUUUGCCGCAGGAGGAGGGAAAUGACGUCACGGUCUUGCAUGUCACCGCCAUCAUCCGAGAGUCUACUUAACGGUUGAUGCUUUAUGUGUGAAGUUCUCUAUGCCCAGAUGACAAUUAGCUCUAUGUGUUUGAUGGUUCAAUUCCCUUUCUUAUUUCUCUAUAUUACUAUGACAUUGUAGCUUAGUUUAUAAUACUUUAAUUCUUUUUCAAUUUUAAAUGAUUCUACAUUUCUACAGUUUCAUUCUUUGC